ACCGCUAAAGCCCUCAGAUGUUCACAUAAAACCAGGAUAAUAAAACACAUACCUUUUGGGGUUUGGUGGUGCUCUUACUAUUUCCGGCAAAGUCGUUGGCGUUAAAGUUCACUCAAGACCGCUAGGGCCUAACAGCUUAAAACAAUGCAGCUUGCAGCCUCGCUAGCGUCUGCAAGCAGUGGGUGCCUUGUUGCACGCGUCCAGUGGUUGCCCUCGCUGCGAGUCGCUCCUCGACUUCAACGUUCACGCCUCGCCCACGCCCGCACGAGCAUGCCGACGAGCGAGCCAGCGGGCACAGAAGCAGCUGCGCUCAAGCCUCAAAUGCCUGCGGAUGUUCCAUCCACUGGCGUCCCAGCUGACGCCGAGCCCAUCGAGCAAGUCGAAUCCGGCGACAUCCAUGCAAGCAAGGAGCUGUUUGAGGAGCUGUUGGAUUCGAGCACUUUCGGCACUCGCGGAGAGGGCUGGCUGGCAGCCCAGCUCCUGGCCAUCCUG